UCAUUUUUUUAAAUUAGGAAGAUAUAGUAAGAUUAUAGGUGAUACUUGCUUUCCUGCACAUUUCCUCGUUUAAAUAGUUAUAAUAAGCACGUAUAAUUUUUACAAGCUAGGCUUUUGUGUUUUGAGAUUAGGAAGUGAACCGAAAAUCCACAAGCCACCCUGGGAAAACUGAACAGUCCAGGCCAAGAAAUUAGCUUGGAAUAAGGCAUAGACUUUUCCAAGAGUCCCUAACUGCGCAGCUCGGAGGCUUCUGGGAAAUGUAGUCCCGAAGGCCGACGUAGCGCCCCUCAGAGGACCCUGGGAACGCUGAGCAGCCCUCAUAUCUGCGCAUGUGCAAUGCUGCGAGCGCGCCAGCGGCCGCCCUUCCCCCACCGCAGCAGAGUGGGUGCCAGGGACCUCUUCUCCGCUCGUCCUCGGCGCGGAGAGCGCCGUGACCUGGCCUGGCACGGUGCCACUAGUGGAGGCUGUUCCCCUGAGUCUGCCUUCAUAGUUUUCUACCUCUUCCCUAAAACUGCAGAAAAUGAACAAAUCCCAGGUGUCAGUUUCAUUCACGGAUGUGACUGUGGACUUCACCCAGGAAGAGUGGGAGCAGCUGGACCCUUCUCAGAGGAUUUUAUACAUGGAUGUGAUGCUGGAGAAUUACAGCAACCUACUUUCAGUGGAAGUGUGGAAGGCUGAUGACCAGAUGGAAAGGGAGCACAGAAAUCCAGAUGAGCAAGCAAGGCAGUUUACGGUCCUUAAGAACCAAACCCCAUUUGAGGAGAGAGGUAAUCUCUUUGGAAAAACAUUUAAUCUGAACACAGAAUUUGUUUCUUUAAGACAAGUGCCCUAUAAAUAUGAUUUAUAUGAAAAAACUUUGAAGUAUAAUUCAGACUUACUUAAUAAUAAUAGCUAUGCAACAAAGAAAGGUGAUGAAUGCACUGGAUUUGGAAAACCACUCCUAUAUCUGAAACAAGAGAAAACCCAUCUUGGAGCGGAAUACUCUGAAUAUAAUAAAAGUGGGAAAGCCCUUAGCCAUAAAGAAGUCAUUUUUAAACAUCAGAAAAUUAAAAACUUGAUUCAACCUUUUAUUUGUAAUUACUGUGACAAGGCCUUCCCCUUUAAGUCACUCCUCAUCAGUCAUAAGAGAAUACACACUGGAGAAAAACCCUAUGAAUGUAAUGUAUGUAAGAAAACUUUCUCCCAUAAGGCAAACCUCAUCAAACAUCAGAGAAUUCACACUGGAGAGAAACCCUUUGAAUGUCCUGAGUGUGGAAAAGCUUUCACUCACCAGUCAAAUCUUAUUGUACACCAGAGAGCACAUAUGGAGAAGAAGCCCUAUGAGUGCGGUGACUGUGGAAAGACAUUUGCUCAGAAGUUUGAACUUACUACACACCAGAGAAUUCAUACUGGAGAGCGACCCUAUGAGUGUAAUGAAUGUGCAAAAACCUUCUUUAAGAAAUCAAACCUCAUUAUACAUCAGAAAAUUCACACAGGAGAGAAACGCUAUGAGUGUAGUGAAUGUGGAAAGUCUUUUAUCCAGAACUCACAACUCAUCAUACAUAUGAGAACUCAUACAGGAGAGAAACCGUAUGAAUGUACUGAAUGCGGCAAAACUUUCAGCCAGAGGUCAACUCUUCGAUUACAUUUGAGAAUCCAUACAGGAGAGAAACCAUAUGAGUGUACUGAAUGUGGAAAGGCCUUCAGCAGGAAGUCCCGACUCAGUGUCCAUCAGAGAGUUCAUAUAGGGGACAGACCUUGAGACUGCCACGAGGUGGUAGUGUGAAAACCUCUUAGAAUCCCUCCAGUGAGGGAAAAACAAGCAUUGAAAUUCACACCGGGAUACAAUCUCUCAAGUAAAAAAUGUGAAAAAAAGUAGCAUUGCGUUAGAGCAACAUUAUACCAGAAGGUAGAUAUGAUACUGAGCUAAAGUAUACACAUCAAAAUAUAUCCAAUUGUAAAUAGACAUUCUAGGUAUAUUACAGUGAGCUUUGUUUUAUUUUUGCAGCACUAGGGAGUGAACCCAGUCCCUUGCCUAUGCUGGGCAAGUGCUCUACCACUGAGCUACACCACCAGCCCACAAUGAGCUUUUUAAAAUCUUGAAUGAACUGAAUAUUCUGGGCAGCAGCAUAAAGCAUAUAUAGACAGUGCCCUAGGAAUUUAUAUGUGAAAGUAUGCUACAAAACAUAAAUUAUGUUUUAAAUCUGUAUAUGUGAAUGUAACAGUGAUUGGGAGUUUGAAAUUCUUGUAAUCUGUGAUAAUUAGAAUAUAUCAGACAAGAUUUUCCAUACUGUGGUAAACAUCACGUUUGUUUCAGUACCUUUCCAACCCAGUAUGAGUUCCAAAUGAAAUAUAUAACAUUUUAAAAUAGCAUGGAGCAAAUUUUUUUUCUCCUACUGUUUGCUAGCAUAUAUAAAUUGGUGUGACAUUGUUACUGAGCCUCUUUGCUAAAGAGAAGACAAUAUUGUUGGAGUCUUAACCUGAUUCUUGGUUUGAAUAUUUUUUAGAAAAAUAAUUUAUAUAAAUAUGCAAGUGUUAGAUAACUAAGAGAUCAGUGAAAAGAGGCAGAUGUGACUGUAUUACUUAGUAUGUACUACAGAAUAAAAAUACGCCAUGCAAAGAGAAUAUCCUCAUCAUCAUGCUCUUAUUUUUCCAUGAAGUAUUGACAUAAAAAUGCAUGUGUAUUUCCAAAAGAUUGUAUAACCUAGAAGCCACCUGUAUUUUUGUGUGUUUCUCUGCUCUCUUAAUACUUUAUGAAUUGUCUUACAAAAGGUCAUGCUUAUGUACCUCACAAAUGCUAGUUACAUUUCAGAGACCUUAGAGGAAAAAAUAAUUUAUUUUUAAAAAACUACAAAGAGUUAUCUGUUUUGCUUUUUAAAGUGUCUAUGUACAAAAUUCACUUUAGAGAUGAAUUUUUGUAGUAUUCUGUUUAAAGGAAGCAUCAUUACUUCCUUGAGUCUCAUCUUCAUCAAUCUAAAACUUUCCCUUUGCAACCUGAGUUAGCAUAAGUUAAUUACCUUUUCUUUCAAUGUUCAGACUUUUAUGUUAGACUUCAGUGGUCUCUUCAUAUGUUGUUUGAUAAUUAAUGUAACAGUUAUCUUUUUGCAGAACUGAAAUGUGCCAUUUUAGCUUGCUUUCAAAUUCACAAGUUCAACCUUUCCCUCUUAAUCACAAAUCAUGCAAUGGAAUUAUAAAUGGAAAGCAAAACUGGUUUUUAUUACUUUUGAAGAUCUCUGAUGUGCUGUGACUCUAUAUGAUUGUGAAUAACUUUGGAAAAAUAUACCACAGCCCAGUAAAUCUUUGUCUUUCUAAGUUAUGAUCUUAUCUACUAAUGACAAAGCAGAGGUGGGGAAAGUAACUUUUAACACUGCUGUUGGAAAUGUAAAUGGUAACAGCCUCCUUUUUACAUUAAAAAUAUGUAUACUCUUUAGCCUGGGAAUCUGAUUCCUGGGAAUCUACUUGUAAAAAAACAUAAAGUGUCAGUACUUAAGAUUUUAUUAUUAUCUAUGUAUAUUGUAUUUUUUUGGUAAGGACCGCAAAAGGAAAAAAAAAAAAAAGAAUGACUACCAGUAAGGGAAUGAUUGAAUAAAUUGUGAUAAAAGUAUACCAUGGCUGUAUGGUUUUCCAUAGAAAGGAAUGUGUAGGCACAAACUCUUCUAGGUCUAGUGAAAAAGAGUGAAUAUACCAAUUUUUGUAAAAUAAAGACUUAGAACCUUU